AUGUCUUUUCAUGGUAGCUUUUUUAGAGGGCGAGGAAGAGGAAGAGGCUCGUCAUGGCGCGGCGGCGCUAAAGGGGUGGAGGCUUCGGCUCCACCAAAACCCCUUGGUCCCGCGAUUGAUAGCAUCAACAUCAAGACACUAUUGAUCGAGGAGGUUGCUCCCAAAAUCAAAGACUUCGAGUAUAUCGCAUCUUAUAACUGGCUGGAUGGCAAGUCUCCCACGAUCUUGGUUCCAGGCUCUCCACCAGCAUGGACACCCCCAGCAGCAGAUCCAAAGCUAAAGCCCGACAGUGAAGAAGUAUUUCGAGAUAUCAAUGCAGCUCGAUACGCGUUAUAUCCUAUGGAGCCUAUAUUCCGCUCACUACGAGCUUUGAAACCGGAAUACGACCUACAGUCGACAGAUAUUGUCGGGUGUGGUAGCACGUUUGGGAACCUCAUGAGGUUUGCAAGAUCAGAGUCCAGGCCAUUUCGGUUUGAUGUGGACGUUAUUGGAGACACUGUACUCUUCGUCCGCCGAGAAAGCUCCCCUACUGAGGUCAUCGCGGAUUUACAAGGCUAUGGCCAUACGUUUCCCGAUGCGUAUACAACGUGGGAUAUGGAAGUUCGAAACUCAUGCUCUCACCAACGCAUCGUUAGGUACGACUUUGGUGGCCUGAAGUUCCUCGUCCGGACUGAAACAGACGGCUAUGUCAAAUUGUCCGGUACAGAUGCACCAUCGAGACCCUCGGAACCUGCAAACGAGUCAUCAGUCGCUGAAGCGCUUGAAUCUAUGUUUGUGGCCAGCGGUGAACUUGCUCGUGACCAGAAGCUGAAAUUAAAAAUCAAAGGCACGUUGAUACCCCAGCAGCAGAUUUUUGAUAUAAAAACCCGUGCAAGCUACAAGUCAUUCGACAUGAAUGAGAUCCUUCCGCGACUUUGGCUUAACCAAACACCCAAAUUUCUAAUCGCCUACCACACGUCUGGUCUCUUCGAUCAUCCAGAGGUUAAAGAUGUCAGACAAGAUGUCAUCCGGUGGGAAAAUGAUAAUUCCGCCAUCCUAGCACGUUUUCACGCCCUUGUUAGCAGGAUCGUGGAUGUGGUUCGGGACUCUGAGUCUAAGCAAUGCGAAGCCAGCUGGGACGGCCAGGGGCCCCUACUCAUUACGGAGCAGAUUGGUGAAGCGAGAAGAGCCCUUCCACCUGAUCUUAUACAGCUCUUCGGAUUUCCAUGA